GUACAUACAACGUAGCAGAGUCUUUCUCUUCCUCAACUCAAUUUUCUCUUUUUUUUCGUUCCCUCUUUUAUUUUUUCCUCUCAUUACUUUUUUUUUCUUCUAAACCAACUAACCGAAAAACCAAAAAAAAACUCUCCUCUCCGUUUUUCUUUGUCGGAGAGACUGCCGGAAUCGUGCAUCGGCGGGAAGAAUAUUGCCGGAAUUGCUACAAUCACCGCCGGUCGCACGGACUAUUCGUUGGAAACAACGCGUCGUGAGAGGAGGGGAAAUUCAGGAAAAAAAAAUCGACACACCGAUUCACUUUUUUUUUGGGGGGGGGGGGUUAUUUUAUUAGAUUUUAUUUUGGAAUUAAAUAUUCUCUGAUGGAUGCGAUUGGAUAGAAGGAAACAAAAAGGAAAGGAGGAAGAUAAAAGAGAAGGCGAAUUAUUCUGUUCUCUCUCUCUCUCUCUUCUCUGUCUACAUCGCUGCUGCUGUGUUUUCCUCCGGGAUCGUCAUAUUUGGAGGUAGGAGUUGGUUCCCUGUUUGAAUAUAAUGAGCUGCACAAUGAUCCAGAAUUAGGCGAAUUGUAGUCUUAUGGCUUCUGAAAUACCUAAUCGUGUCUUCCAGGUGUAGAAAGGAGCGAUUUAUGAUUCAUUUGCUUUUAAGAUAUUUUUCCUCUUGAACUUCUUCCUAAGAGUGCUUAAAGUUUCUAACUUUGUUUCUAUCCUUGGAUUUGGUGGUGAGAGUUCUCGCUUAGUUGUAGUAGAAAUCUUCUGUUUUGAUCCUUGGAGUCAUUUGCUUCAUCUUUUGGCUUGAUACAGGGAAGGGGCUAUGGUCCGUUGAAAAAACUAAAAACUAAAAACUAAAAAGAAACUUUUGAUUCUGGUUUUAUCAGUCAAAUUUUGUUGUCUGUAAUCUGCACGAUGCCGUCUGAUAUAAUGGAUCAGAGAGGUGUAUCAACACCUUCACACUUUCAUGAAGAUAUUCAUAUUGCUUCAGAGAGGCAAUUUGGGUUUCUGAAAACUGACUUGAUGCCCGAAAACCAAGGUGGUCGUGAUAGAUUUUCAAAUCUGCCAAAGAGUUCAUGGACACCUGAAAGUUACCAGCUGAAGCCACAAUCUAGCUUGUCCGGGUUGCACCCUUCUGCUAGCCCUAACUCAAGAAACACUAUAAGUGGUAGCCAAUGGGAAAGCAGUUUAUUUUCCAGCUCGCUGUCUGAUUUAUUUAGUCGAAAACUACUACUACAAAGAAGUGAUAUGCUAUCUCCUAUGGCUGCAAAAACAGUCGUUACCCACCGCGAGGAAGAACCUUCUGAAUCUUUAGAAGAAAUUGAGGCACAAACUAUUGGAAAUCUUCUCCCAGAUGAAGAUGAUCUCUUCGCUGAAGUGAUGGGUGAGGUUGGGCGUAAAUCUCGUGCCAAUGGGGAUGAUCUGGAUGAUUUUGACCUCUUCAGCAGUGUUGGUGGCAUGGAGCUUGAUGGAGAUGUUUUUUCUUCUGUGGGCCACAUAAAUGGUGAGAGAGGCGGCAAUAAUUCUGUUAGCGAUCACCAUCGAGGUGAAGUUCCAUCCAGAACAAUUUUGGCUGGAAAUAUCAGUAGCAAUGUUGAAGACUAUGAGCUGAAGGUCCUCUUUGAGCAAUUUGGAGACAUCCAGGCUCUUCAUACAGCUUGCAAGAAUCGUGGCCUUGUCAUGGUAUCGUACUAUGAUACAAGGGCUGCUCAGAAUGCCACGAGAGCACUUCACAAUAAGCUGUUAAGAGGAGCGAAGCUUGACAUUCGUUAUUCUAUCCCUAAGGAAAAUUCUUCAGAAAAAGACAUAAGUAAAGGAGCCUUGUUGAUUAACAAUCUCGAUUCUUCUAUUUCGAAUGAAGAGCUCAAUCGAAUGGUGAAAUCAUAUGGAGAAAUCAAAGAGAUUCGUAGAACCAUGCAUGAUGGUCCACAGAUAUACAUAGAAUUCUAUGACGUCCGAGCUGCAGAGGCUGCUCUUGGUGGACUAAAUGGACUCGAGGUUGCUGGGAAGCAGCUUAAACUUGCGCCAACCUGUCCAGAGGGUACAAGAUACGUGUCACAGUAUGCACAUGAUGCUGAAGCGUGUCUACCUAAAAUGUCUUUUAAUAAUACAUCAUCUGGGCACAUGGGGAGACAUUUCCCAGGAAUAAUUUCUUCAACCUCCAUUGAUAGUGGAUCUAUGCGGGUUAUUCACAAUUCAGUUGGAUCACCUGUGAACUCUUUCAUUGAACGUCAUCGGAGUGUUAGCAUUCCUAUUGGAUUUCCACCUUCAGCAAACGUCAUCUCAGCCAGCAAGCCUGUCGGACUACAAGAGCAUGGCCACCAUUUUGAUAAUUCAAAUGUGGGGAUCCAUAGCAUGCCAAAUCUCCAUCCUCAUUCUUUUCCGGAGUACCUCGAAAACUUUGCAAAUGGUAGUCCAUAUAAGUCAUCCACAGCAUUUUCUGAUAUGGUCAGUGAUGGCUCAAAAGCAAAUGAAGGCUUUAUGAUGCAUAAUGUUCGUGGAGUGGAUGGCUUUAAUGGAGGGGCGAUGCAAACUCCAGGCAUAGGAUCUCCCAUGAAUCAAAGUUCCCGCCGUCCUAACCUUAAUUUAUGGAGCAACUCUAACACUCAGCAGCAGAAUCCGUCAAGUGGCAUGAUGUGGCCUAACUCGCCAUCUCACAUCAACAGCAUUCCUACUCAGCGUCCACCUGUUACUGUAUUCUCCAGAGCACCUCCUAUUAUGGUGAAUAUGGCAUCUUCUCCUGUGCACCACCACAUUGGAUCUGCGCCGGUAUUGAACUCGCCUUUCUGGGAUAGAAGACAAGCCUAUGCAGCUGAAUCUUUGGAAUCGUCUGGCUUCCACAUACGUUCUCAUGGUAGCAUGGGGUUUCCUGGCUCGUCACCCUCACAUCCAUUGGAAAUUGGUUCUCAUAAGACUUUUUCCCAUACUGGUGGGAAUCGCAUGGAUGUAAAUUCCCAGAAUGCUGUACUGCGAUCUCCUCAACAGUUGUCUCAUCUCUUCCCUGGGAGGAACCCAAUGGUUUCAAUGCCAGGCUCAUUUGACUCCCCGAAUGAACGAUACAAGAAUCUCUCUCACCGUAGAAGCGAGUCUAGCUCUAGUAAUGCUGACAAGAAACUCUAUGAGCUUGAUGUUGACCGUAUAUUACGUGGAGAUGAACGCAGGACAACAUUGAUGAUUAAAAACAUUCCUAAUAAGUAUACUUCUAAGAUGCUUCUAUCUGCCAUUGACGAGCACUGUAAAGGAACAUAUGAUUUCCUUUAUUUACCAAUUGACUUCAAGGCAAGCAAGCGUACUACCUUUGAUCAUAAGAAAAACAAAUGCAAUGUGGGAUAUGCUUUCAUCAACCUUAUCGAGCCUGAAAAGAUUGUCCCAUUUUAUAAGGCUUUUAAUGGCAAAAAGUGGGAGAAGUUCAACAGCGAGAAGGUGGCAACUCUUACAUAUGCUCGAAUCCAAGGAAAAAUAGCUCUUAUUGCCCAUUUCCAGAAUUCAAGCUUAAUGAACGAAGACAAACGUUGCCGGCCUAUUCUCUUCCACACCGAAGGUCCAAAUGCUGGUGAUCAGGAACCAUUUCCAAUGGGUAGCAACAUACGAUCAAGACCAGGCAAGCCACGAAGCAGUAGCAUUGAUAACUACAACAGCUUUACCAUCGCUUCCGUUUCUGAAAACCGAGAAGAACCUCCUAAUGGAACCGAUCCUUUCUUGAAGGAGAACUAACCAAUGAGCAAUACAGGAGCAGAAGUCACAAAGGUAAAAGAAAAAAGGAGAGCUAAAGAUAACAAAAGGUUAAUAUAUAUAUAAUAUCAUAUCAUCUACACACCCUAGAGUUCUGUAAAUCGGGGGUGUUAUAUUUUACCCUGACAAAACUCAUUAUGCAGUGAAGAAAUUUUUUUGGGAGAGAUUAUAAACUUUGUUGACCACAAAUCUUCCCAGGUUGCUUCACCAGUUUUGUUGUAUUAUCAAAAUCCCUUAGAGAGAAAUCUUCCAGAGCUUCUCUUCCCUUUUUUUUGUUUUGUUUUGUUUUUGGGGUUAUAUUCAAGGAUUUUUGGUUCUUGCUAUCAUUGUAACAAGCCUUGGAUUACACUCUUCUUAUUUGCCGGCUAAUGGCCAUUUCAUGUUGUAUUCUGUGGGAGAUUUUUAAAUGCUUCCUUUUUGGAUAUAUAAAAUAUUAAAUUUUUCCUAACGUUUUUUCUACA